CAACCCUCCCGACUAUCCAAACGGGAGGGUUUGCACAUAAGCCAAUAAACAUGCACUACUCAAUGCCAGUGAAUGACAGUUUGCGGGAAUUGUCAGACCGGUUGCCUACACGGGACGCCGGAACAUCCUAAAGUCAAAACUAGGAGCAAGCAAAGAACACACUGAGCCCGAGAGUUGUAUUCAGCAAGUUUGCAUGGGAAGAUCCAACAUAUUCGGGAGUGUUUUAGCGGAAGGGGGGAUCUAAUAUGAUCAGGUGAUAGAGCAACCUGAGCAUUUCCUCAGCCACACCCCUCUACACCCUGUUGCAUCAACACUGCAAUGGUAUAUGGGCAGAUCCUCCACAGACAUGGGAUUGAGGAUGACCUUAUCAACCUGAAUGUCGGUGGUUUCAGGCAGAAGGUGUACUAUGGCACCCUGUUGCGCUUUCCACAGACACGGUUGGGUCGCUUGCUCCACUGCCGGACUGAGGAGGCAAUUUUGGAGCUGUGUGAUGACUACUGUGCGGCUGAAAGGGAAUACUACUUUGACAGGAACCCCACUGUCUUCCGCUGUGUGCUCAACUUCUACCGAACUGGUAGGAUUCACUUAAUGGAGGAGCUCUGUGUCUUCUCCUUCAGUCAGGAGAUAGAGUACUGGGGGAUAAAGGAGCUACACCUAGGAUCCUGCUGUGGUAGCAGUUUUCAGGAACGCAAGGAAUACCUGAAGGACCAAGACUGGGAUCUGAGUGAUGAGCAGCAGCUCAGUAUGGACUCCUCGCUUGAGGAGCUCUCAGUCCUAGAUAAAGACCUGGAGAGUUUUGAAGGCACCUGGUGCUCAGAAGUGAGGCGGCAUGUCUGGCUGACGAUGGAAGACCCUGGUUACUCACGCUGCUCCAGGGCAGUCACUAUUGCUUCACUAGGUGUGGUCCUUACCUCCAUUGUGGCCAUGUGCAUUCAUAGCAUGCCUGAAUUUCACAAGUUUGAUGCCAGUGACCGCCAUGUUGAGGACCCUGUGCUUGCUGUCCUUGAAAUUGCUUGCGUUAUCUGCUUCUCAGCAGAGUUCUCUGUUAGGCUUGCUGUGGCCCCACGCCCCAGAAAGUUUUUGGCAAGCCCCUUGAACAUUAUCGACUUUGUCUCCAUCCUUCCAUUUUACGCCACGCUUGCAUUUGAGACUGUAGAUGAGGAGAAGGAGGACCUGGAGAACGUGGGAAAGGUGGUGCAGAUCCUGCGACUGAUGCGGAUAUUCCGUAUCCUCAAACUGGCCCGGCAUUCAGCGGGGCUUCGUGCACUGGGCUCCACCAUCAGACACAGCUACCAUGAAGUGGGUCUGCUUGUUCUCUUCAUGUCUGUUGGGAUCUCUAUUUUCUCUGUCCUCAUUUACUUCAUGGAGAAGGAGGAUGAAGAGUCAAAGCUGCAGACUAUCCCGGAGGGCUGGUGGUGGGCCACCAUCAGUAUGACAACGGUGGGCUACGGGGACACAUGUCCUGUGACACUGGCGGGGAAAGUGGUCGCAACUGUCUGCAUUAUCUGUGGGUUACUGGUAGUAGCCUUGCCUAUCACUAUAAUAUUCAAUAAGUUCUCCAAGUACUACCAGAGAAACAAGGCAAUGGAUGUGGAUCUGUGUGAAAAUGAAAUGGAGUCUCCAGAACCAGAGACGUACAUGCUGAAAAGAUGCUUUCUUUCAUAGAGGAUGCUUACCCCAGGAGCAGUAAAGAAAAAGCAGAUGCCGCUAGUAUUCCAGAUAUGGAAACUGCCACUGAAGGUAGUACACAUUAGCUCAUAAGCUUUCAGGGCUAGGUGUGCCACAUGAAUGUCAACCUGGAACCUCCAUCUGUUCUUCCUUUCCUGGACAAGAGUGUAACAGCAGUCAAGGCUAAGGUAUUGCUCUAUCUUAAUUAA